AUGAAGUAUCUAGGACUCGUUCUCGACAGUCGGUGGAACUUCGUGGAACACUUCCGACGUUUGGCUCCUAAGUUGGAGCGGACGGGGGCUGCGCUUAAGCGGCUCCUGCCAAACCUCGGGGGGCCAAAUGCCUCCUGCCGGAGGUUGUACGCGGGGAUCGUGCGGUCCAUGGCCCUCUACGGCGCCCCUGUGUGGGCGCCGAACCUGAUGCGGCGGCCAGCUCGGGCGCUGCUCACGUCUCAGAGGGUCAUGGCCAUCCGGGUGAUUCGUGGAUAUCGCACGAUCUCCGGGGAGGCGGCGAACCUCCUUGCCGGAUUACCGCCGUGGGAUUUGGAGGCGAAGGUGCUCGCACGCGUCUUCAGUCUGCGCGCCGACGCGUGUCGCCGGGGCGAAACUCCAUUGCCGCGCCAGAUAAGUGUGUGGCGGGACGAGCUCCGGCGCGAUCUCAUGGCGGAAUGGCAGCAACGACUGUCGCAACCGAGGGCUGGGCUCGCUGUCAUCGCAGCGGUAAGUCCCCUCUUUGAGGAGUGGCUAGAGAGGCGCCACGGCGUCCUCACCUACCGCCUAACGCAGGUGCUUACCGGACAUGGGAGUUUCGGUAGGUUCCUGUUCCUUAUUGGGCGGGAGGAAACGCCCGGGUGUCAUCACUGUGAGGACCGCCCGGAGGACACGGUAGAACAUACGGUGGCGGUGUGCCCUGCGUGGGCUGAGCACCGCCAAGUCCUCAGGGAUGUGGUCGGCGACGGCGACCUCUCGCGCCCGGCACUGGUUCAGGCCAUGGUGCGGAGCGAGAGGGACUGGGAUGCCGUCUCCUCCUUCUGCGAAGCAGUCAUGCUAGCUAAGGAGGAGGCGGGGCGCGUGAGAGAACAAACCUCCUCACGCCCCAGCCGUCGCGAAAGACACUCCGGGCGUAGGGGAUCCCGAGACGAUCUCCGGCCACCGUAAGUGCGGGCCUGCGGACGGCGAGCAAGGGUAGCUCACCGCUCGAACAGAACCAGACCCGUGCGUGCGGCGCGUCGCGUUCCGCGCGCGCCUCAAAGAGCCAUCAGACCACCACAGAUGGGGCCCAAUAGGGCUGAUGCCUGAUCCGGAGCUGCGGACUACCUAGCGGGUUUACCGGGGCUCCGGCUCGAAAAGCAGGAGAAGGAACGGGGUGGUUUUUAGUCAGUAAGAGUCUGACACUCCCUCUCGCCUCGCCCAAGGCGAGAAAAGUCAUUGGAUGAUUUUCCCCCCUCAAAAAAAAAAAAAAA